AACUUUCCAGACUCCCCUGCCCCUUCUUAAUUUUUUGAUUUUCCAUCCCUAGCUCUAAUUCUUCUUCUCCAAGCUCCAUAUUCUUCCAACUUUGUAUAAAUACUGUAGCCCUAAACCUUCAGGUCUAUAAACGCUGAAACCCUUAGUCUCGGUCUUCUCACUUUAUUUAAUUCCAGUCUUUCCAUUCCCUCUCUGAAGGUAUUAAGUUUUUGUUCACUCUCUCCCUAAAAUUUCGAAGAAUUUGUUUCUCUCUCUAAGGACAUGGCAGUGAUAUCUGAGUUUGAAGAAGAAGAGCAAAGCCCUGACAACUCUGCUUCCUGCUCAGACGCAGCUGCAUCGAGCAAUCAGUUCGAUGACGCUCUGAAAAGCAUUCAGGGUGACCAGCCCCCUCUAGCUUUUCUCGAAUUAGUGAUCGAUUCUCUGAGAAGGAGGUGCGACCUUUUUAAGGAUGAAACCGUGGAGAAAAAGAUUGCAGGCCUUGUUUCUGCUGCGAAAGUGAAGGAUUCGGAGGAGAAGAAGAACAAAGCUCAAGAAAGGAGGUCAGAAGAGAUUGGAAAAUCUGAGAAACGACUCAAAGAAGACAUGGAGACUGUUAAGGCUUUUAAUGUUCCUGAGAAAUCUGAGAAAGUGCCUGAGAAAGAACCAGAGAAGGCCACUUCUUCGGAGAAACAGAAUGUUAGAAGCCCCAAUUCUGGAAAUGGACUGGAUUUGGAGAAGUAUUCUUGGACUCAGACACUACAAGAGGCAAGUGUUAACAUCCCAAUUCCUCCGGGUACGAAGUCAAGGUUCAUUGUCUGUGAGAUAAAGAAGAAGCACUUGAAGGUCGGAUUGAAGGGUCAGCCUCCAAUAAUUGAUGGAGAGCUGUAUCAGCCUGUGAAAGUGGAUGAUUGCUUUUGGAGCUUAGAGGAUGGUAAGUCUAUCUCUGUGCUUCUCACCAAGCAUAACCAGAUGGAGUGGUGGAAAUGUAUUGUUAAAGGCGAACCUGAAGUUGACACUCAGAAAGUGGAACCUGAAAAUAGCAAGCUCUCUGAUCUGGAUCCUGAAACACGCCAAACUGUUGAGAAGAUGAUGUUUGAUCAAAGGCAGAAAUCAAUGGGCCUGCCAACGAGUGAUGAGAUGCAGAAGCAAGAAAUUCUCAAGAAGUUCAUGGCUCAGCAUCCGGAGAUGGAUUUCUCUAGAGCAAAGAUAUCACCCUAAAAUGCAUCGAUUGGAAGAUCGCUGGGGAAGGAUGAUGACUUUGAUUUUGGUUGAAGUUGGAGAUUGAGAUUAUCCAUCCUAAGCAUAGAGGAAAGAUAAAUAUAUUUACAUUAGGUUCGUUUAUGCUGCUCUGAUCGGAACUUUGAUAAUUUUUUUUUUUGGUAGGCUUUCUACUUCAUAAUUUUGGUAUCUGGAUCAAGGAGCUACAAUGACUUAUGGUAUGUCUUUUGGUGGUUGAUGUUUGUGAAAUUGAUCUCCAAUUUGGAUAUCAUGGUUCUGUAUGGGUAUAUGUGCAGUCUUAUCUACUAUGUCUCAUGGAGAAAGUGUUUUGUUUGGUUGUGAUCUC